AUGGACGGUAAGGAUUCGUUGGUUUUGAGGCUGAGGAAGAGACUAAGCAAGGCUCAAAAGUCUAACUCGAAGCUGUCGAAGAGAUUGUCUGAAAACUCGUCUGAUGUUGUGUUGUCGUUUAGGGUUUACGAGUCUAUGCUGCGUGAUGUAGUGAAAGGUGUGAAGAAGUUCACUAGCGUUUUGAUUGAGCUGAUGGAGAAAGCUGGGUGGGAUUUGGAUUUAGCUGAGGUUGAUUAUGCUGAGAAGGGGCAUAACAGGUAUGGGUUGCUGUCUUAUGUUUGCUUGGGGAUGUUUCGUGGUUUCGAUGAUGAUGUAGAGAGUUCUUCGAUGAGGGAGUUGAUGCAGCAUGUGUCGAGUGAUCCCAUGGAGCUUCUUGAAAGAGAUAAAGAUUGUGCGUUCUCUAGCUCGGUGUGGACACUGAAUAAGCUGGCAUUGUCGUUUGAUCCUGUGGUUGAGAUUUUUCAAGUUGAGAGUGGAGUUGAAUUUUCGGUUGUUUUUAUGGAGGAUGUCUUGAGAAGGAAGGAAGAUAAGAAGUUGAGGGUGAAUCAUGCUCGAGGCAAAGUUGGAUUCACUGUGGUUCUUGGGUUUAAAGUUGGGUGCACGGUGAUACAGUCUCAAGUUUAUCUUACCGGCUUGAAAUGUAAAUGA